AAAUGAGACCACUGCGUAAAACGCUGUUAUGGCAGGUCCUGCCUCUCCUGACUCUUAUAUUGAUCACCCACGUGACGCAAGCAGCUAAAAAUUCAACGUCCUCAAAGAAGGCAAGGUGUCAAAAACAGAAGACAGACUGUAAAGACUGCAUCCUUGUAAAGUUACUAAAUAAGUCCAGUGACGGGACAUCUUACCAAAACAGUGUAGCAAACCUGGAGAACCGAUCCAUUGUUCCAUGGACAAUAGUGUCAUAUUCUAAAGGGCAAACAAUCCCAACAACAAUUCCCAAGAUCACUUGCUCUAAACAGUGCGUUGGCUUCGAGAAUUUAUUGAAUGCAGUGGCAAUAGAUAGAGAAAUCAUAUAUCUCAAGAAAGAAAAGGGUUUCUUUACUCUGCAUUCUGCAAUGAUGACCGUUGGAUGCACGUGUGUCCAUCCACGCAUUAGUGAGAAAAUUAACUGA